AAAGCGUCACAGUAGAGUUUUGGAAAAACAAAAAAGACGGAAUGAUCCGGAGCCAUCGUAAAAUGCAGCACGUGGUUUUAAAAGAUGAAGUGACCCAGCCGAGAGACUGGCAGCAGUGGAUUGUGGGUAAAAGCAAGUUUCCUGCCAGUCUGAAUCAGGAGGAGCCAGAUUGUUCACUUAUUAAAGAGGAAAGGGAGGAGUUUCCACUGAUCCAAAUUCCUGUAAAGAAUGAUGGUAAUGUUGAUAAAGAAGAAAAGAAACCAGGGGACUGUGUGGAGCCACAGACAGAUGAUUGCUGUAGUGUGGACAGUGACUUCUGGAAGGAGACCAGAGAGCGUCACUCACCUUUGAAAACAAUGAAACAUAAAGAAUACUGCUUCAGUGAAGAAGUCGGGGGGAUGAGUCCUUACAACGAGGAUAAUAUGUUAGGACAGAAUCUGUGUACAGGAAGAAGACAGACAUCAUGUUCAGUCUGUCGGACAUGUAUUUUGUCAGAACAUCUGGAUCCACACAUGCUACAUACUGUGACAAAACCAUCCAGGUUCUGUACUUGUGACAGAGUCUUCACAUGGUGUGAAACACUGAAACAUCAUCAGCGUGUCAAGCAGCAUCACCAAAUUCAAACUCAAAAAGACUGUGGAAGACAACUAUGCACAAGGUCACAUCCAGAUAGUCCUCCAGGACCAGAUCCUCCUGACAGAACUUCAGACUGUUCCAGCAACGUGAAUAAUCGCAUGAGGACUCAUACAGACCUGCAGCAGUGGAUUGUGGGUAAAAGCAAGUUUUCUGCCAGUCUGAAUCAGGAGGAGCCAUAUUGUUCCCAUAUUAAAGAGGAAAGGGAGGAGUUUCCACUGAUCCGAAUUCCUGUAAAGAAUUAUGGUAAUGUUGAUAAAGAAGAAAAGAAACCAGGGGACUGUGUGGAGCCACAGACAGAUGAUUGCUGUAGUGUGGACAGUGACUUCUGGAAGGAGACCAGAGAGCGUCACUCACCUUUGAAAACAAUGAAACAUAAAGAAUACUGCUUCAGUGAAGAAGUCGGGGGGAUGAGUCCUUACAACGAGGAUAAUAUGUUAGGACAGAAUCUGUGUAUAGGAAGAAGACAGACAUCAUGUUCAGUCUGUCGGACAUGUAUUUUGUCAGAAGAACAUCUGGAUCCACACAUGCUACAUACUGUGACAAAACCAUCCAGGUUCUGUACUUAUGACAAAGUCUUCACAUGGUGUGAAACACUGAAACAGCAUCAGCGUGUCAAGCAGCAUCACCAAAUUCAAACUCAAAAAGACUGUGGAAGACAACUAUGCACAAGGUCACAUCCAGAUAGUCCUCCAGGACCAGAUCCUCCUGACAGAACUUCAGACUGUUCCAACAACGUGAAGAAUCACAUGAGGACUCAUACAGGCCAUCAGCAGAUGUUUUUGGGCAAGUGCAAAGUUCAUGAUCAGCAGGACUGGAGCUUCAGGCUGAAGAAGCCGGUUCCCCUACACCAUAAUGAGGAACAGGAGUUCCCAUUGACAGGUGUCAUUGUGAAGAAGGAUGUUGAUGAAGCGCUUCAUCACUCUGAGGGUAACAGAGGGGCAGAGCCUCCAACAAGCCACUUUAGUGAUGGACCAGAUCCAGACAAGGACCCACAUCCACAUGCUCCUGUCAGACAUCAGGACCUUGAUUCAGAAUGUAGUGAACCUGAGACUGAUCAGAGUGAUGAUGACUGUAAGGAGGCCGGAUACCCUGAAUCAGGUCUAAAGUCUUUUAGCCAAGACUCUGACAGUAGAUUUAAUGCUGGUGAGAAGAUGCUGAGCUGUUCCGAGUGCAAGAAGACUUUUGGCCACAAAGGGCAUUUGAAAAGACACAUGAGAACUCACACAGGAGAGAAACCAUUCAGUUGUGCUGACUGUGGGAAAAGAUUUGGCCAAAAGACCAACCUUAACAUGCACAUCCGAAUUCACACAGGAGAGAAACCCUACAGUUGUCCAUUUUGUGGAAAAAGUUGUACUCACAAAACAAAUUUGACCCGACACCUAAUGGUCCACACGGGAGAAAAACUCUUCAGAUGCAAUGUUUGUAGGAAAGAAUUCAGCAGAAAGGAACAUUUCAAAAACCAUAAGUGUGUCCAUGUCAGUAACUUUGUCCCUUGCUGACAGAGGUUUGUUCUUUUUGUUGGGUUCUCCUCAGACAAUGGAAUAACAGUACCAUGCCGUGAUAGUCUCAUCAUAGCGCCAUUAUACUGUGGUGCCAUCUUGCAAUGUUUUUUUAUUUGCAUCAUCAACCUUCGUCAAAGUCUAGGAUUCUCACUAGUGUUAUAACAGCGUAAUGGCCAUUAUGCUGCUGUCUGAAAAAAAUUAUGCUGCAUUUGGGCCUUUACGUUGUUUUUGGGGGUGUGUAGUGGGAAAAUGAUCAUUUAUUUACAUUGAGUGUUGACUCACCUGUUAAUUGUGACUCAUCUUUCUACUGAUUAAAGUUGGUAAAUGGGACUCUUUUCUACUGUUGCGGGCAGAAACGAGAAUUGACCACCGUUUCACACAGGAGUUUUUAUUCAUUCAUAGCACAUGAUGUGGUUCUCUGGAGUGGACUGGACCAUUAAUAUCCAUUAAUAUUUGCCGGUUCCUAAAAUGAAGUUAUAGUCCCUCAUGUAAAGGAAGAUAUAAUAAUAUCCUCCGCUCCAUGUGUGUGUUGUGGGAUUUGCUGCGGCUCUCUGCUGAAGCAGAUCAUUGAAGUCCCUCUGGUUGUACUGCAGCACUAAGAUUGGAAAAAUAUACUAUUAUAUAAUUUUAGGGAUUUUUUUUUUGUAAUGAAUACAAAUAAAAUCUCAAUAACUUAUUUAUUGCUUGUAGUGCAACCAAACUCACAUCACACAUAAAUGAGCUCCCUCUGGCUGUACUGGGGGGUUCGGUUAGUUGUAGUUUGUUGUCUGUAUUACAACGUUUGGAAAGAGGUGUCAUUUGAUUUAAAAUGCUGAUUCACUUUGAAGUUACUGAUUCUGGAAGGUCGAGGCUUUGAAUAUCUGUCUAACGUUACAUGUAAAAGGUAAAAGUAUAUCAAAUGGUAAAUGGACAGCAUUUACAUAGCGCUUUUCCAUCUGCAUCAGACGCUCAAAGCGCUUCACACAUCAAUGCCUCACAUUCACCCCGAUGUGAGGCUGCUG